AUGCCCAGUGGGCUAGAGGACACUAUUAUUAAAGUGAUGGGAGUCACUACUGCAGAAUAUGAUUUACUCUUCUCUGCCACUGCCUGGCCUGGCAUUGUCCUUUGUUUGGUUGGUGGAAUAAUUAUUGAUAAGUUAGUGGGACUGAGACUGGGACUGCUCAUUGUUGUCAGUUCUGUACUAGUGGGUCAAACUAUAUGGGGAGUAGGAGGAUUUAUUGAUAACUACUUUGUUAUGCUGGUUGGUAGGUUCUUCAUUGGAGCUGGUAAUGACUUAACAAUUAUUGUUGCUAAUGCUUUUAAAGCUAUCUGGUUUAAAGAAAAACUGCCACUUGCUAUAUCAAUAGAUAUUGCCUACAGCAGAAUAGGAGGAACAAUGGCUAUACUCAUCCCACAGUUAAUAUAUGAUAAUUUAAACUCAGCUUUUGAUAGUCCUAAUGUGAGACUUGGUGUUUCCUUACUCACUGCUGCUGGAGCAAUGCUGUUGGGAUUACUCUUUAGUCUUAUUGUCAUUUUCAUGGACUAUGAAAGAGAAAAGAAAUCAAAGGGACAAGGAAGGCAAGAUGGUUUAAAAUCCAUAAAAAUAGAUGACAUAAAACAAUUCUCCUUUUUGUUUUGGCUAGUGGUACUUAUCAAUACCACGUUUAUACCUGUCAUACAUUCAUUCGUGACCAUUGGCCAGCUCUUUUUUGUUCAAAAGUAUGGUUUUACCAUUCAACUAGCAAACAUUGUUAACAGUCUCAACUUUGGCUUAGUCAUAAUAUUGGCACCAGUUGCUGGCCUACUCAUCAGUAAAUCCAGCACUAACUUGAUAUGGAUGCUUGGCUCUGCAUUACUUGGCCUCUCAGUUCAUGCAAUUAUACUACUGCUCAGAAAUAGAGACUACAUUGUUCCAUUUCUAGCAGUUUCACUGUACUCAAUUGCUUAUUCAUUUUGGGCACCAUCCUACAUGGCUUUACCGGCUCUUUUGAUCAAGGAGGACUACAUUACUACAGCAUAUGGAAUGAUUUCAUUUAGCUUCAAUGCUUCAUUGGCAUUGAUGAUAUACUUGACAGGACUCGUUGUUGAUAAUUAUGGAUACUUCAUUUUGGAGAGUUCGUAUUUCCUCAUAGUAACAGGGUGCAUUGUUUUGGUAUUGCUAGUAAUCAUUGUAGACAGUAGCUCAAGGCAUCCAAAACUGAUCACGCAAGUCUUAAAUUGUCUUUUAAAAAUUAGGUCAUGA